ACAGUUUUUCGUCAUUUAUCACUCUCCACCUCUUGUAGAUAUUCAUGCAACAUGACCAGACUUUGGCUCCGUACCUUUUUAAAUAGCAUUGAUCGAAUGCCACUUGGACGCCCUACCAAACAAAAAAACAGCAAUGUCCACGCCUGGUGCGCGCGCAGGUCUGGAGACCUUCGACGACCUUAACAUCCAGUACGAAAAUGCUUAUCGCGACAACGACUUCAAGGUGGCAUGCGUGAGGAAGGCCAUAUCACUCGUCGUGCCGGACUGUCGCGUGCUAGAUGUGGGUUGCGGCACCGGUGUCCCAGUAUCUCAAAUGCUGGCCGAAGCCGGUCUCGAGGUCGUCGGCUUCGACAUCUCGCCCAAGAUGAUCGAGUUCGCUAGCACACGUGUCAGGGGCUCAUUCAGUGUCUCUGACAUGCUCGAAUAUCAACCUCAGGGCAGAUUUGCCGCCGUCUUCAUCAUAUUUGCACAGUUGCAGUUGUCGUAUGCCGAUUUUCAUGCCGCAGCCUAUAAAUUCGCGCGAACCUUGUUGCCUGGUGGGAUCAUUGCUAUCGGCCAGAUGCCGGCAGACAAGUAUGUGAAGAAUCGUUCGGACUACGACGAGACUGGUACCUUCGUGGAGGAUUAUGAUGCACCUUUCAUGGGUGAGCCGAUACCGACAUUCAUGUUCAGUGCACAGGGCCAGCGGGACUUCUUGACAUCGAUGGGCCUGGAGGUCGUCAGUGAGACUAUUGACAUGUUUCAGCCGAACAACCCGAAAUGUGUUCCGGAAGAGCAGCAGUAUAUAAUUGCCAAGAGGACGAGUGAUGCACCACUCGAGCCGCCAAAACCGUUGCCCAAGUAGAUUAUGAAGACUAUCGACAUCGCA